AUGUCGGUCAAGAACGCAGACAAGUCCAAGCCUUACAUGCCUCUGGCCAGCUUGACUCAGGACGGCUACUCGAACGAGGACGAAGCGACUGCGACGUGCUUCUGCGGGGCUGUCCAGCUGGCAUUCCCGGUCAACAAGCCAGGCUACAAGGGCGCCUUCGUCUGCAACUGUUACGACUGCCACAAGAUUUCCUCGUCGAUGUUCUGCUCCAAUUUCAUCGUCGACAACAAAUACCUCAAGCAUCUCCGAGGCAAGGAGAACCUCAAGGAAUUCAGCCAGAAAAAGACACCCGUCACUUCCAAGUACAUGACCAAUCACUUUUGCUCGACUUGUGGCACGCUCAUGUACCGCGUCGGCGAGAGAUUCCCGGGCGUCAGUAUUCUCAGAAUUGGCACCGUGGACGACCUCAACCUGAUGGAGACCAAGCUCAGGCCAGAUACCGAGCUGUUCACUAAGGACAGAGCCAACUGGCUGUCCGAGAUCCAAGAAGUCGAACACGUAGAGGGAAUGGGCUUUGGUGCCUAG